AUGAGAUACUCAGCCAUUCUUGUGGGCGGCCUGGCGUCCACCGUGGGUGCUCAUUCAGCUGCUGGUGACGUUAAUGCAGUUGUCCCUCAGCUUCUAGGCGGGAGACACUUUUUAUCAGAGUUAGCGGCACGAAAUGCAUUGCCUCAAGCAGCUUCUGUAGUGGUUCCUGAGGAACGAAUGGUGGAGGAGAGACAAGAUUCAAACGGUCGAUGCGGUCCUGGGUUUGGAAAGUGCACAACGGGCUGCUGUUCGGAUUCUGGUUACUGCGGUACAACAUCAGAGUAUUGCAACGCUCCAGACUGUAAACUAGCAUAUGGCCCGGGAUGCGAUGGAAACAAGAUCCCAGCCGGCACUUCGACAUCGAGCAUCGCUCGAACGAAAGUUGGGAGUGUGCCUUAUGGAGGGGCGGGAAUCUAUGACUGUAGUGUUGCUGGAGGUAUGUUUGAUCAAUGUCCUCAUCUUCGCAGAGACUCACCAAAGGUGACUGCAGACAUCGCCUUGACUUUCGACGAUGGACCCUACCUAUAUACGUCGGAUUUACUUGACAAGCUCAAGGUGUACAAUGCUAAGGCUACCUUUUUCAUAACUGGCAAUAAUCUUGGAAAAGGAGCAAUUGAUACCACAGCUUCUUGGUCAAAUCUAAUCAAGCGUAUGAUCACAGAGGGCCACCAAGUUGCAUCUCACACGUGGUCACACCAGAACCUCACCUCUCUGGACCCAACCACUUUCCAGAACCAAAUCGUAUACAAUGAAAUGGCUUUCAGAAACAUUCUUGGAUAUUUCCCAACAUACAUGAGACCUCCUUAUUCUGAGUGCAACGCAACCUGUGGUGCAAAACUUGCGACCCUUGGGUACCACGUCACAUACUUUGACUUGGAUACUGCUGGCUAUAUCUACUCUACCCCGGACCAAAUUCAAACAUCCAAAAACAUAUGGGACAGUGCGAUCAACCCUAGCAACAAGGCGGUCGACAACUUCCUUCAGAUAGAACAUGAUAUCCAGUACCAGACGGUGUACAACCUUACAGAUUAUAUUUUGGCUUCUCUGUCAUCACGUGGGUACCGAGCUGUCACGGUUGGGGACUGCCUCGCGGAUCCACAAGCAAACUGGUAUCGUGCAGCAGGUUCGGCUGUUCCGACAGGCACCACGACUAGCACUGCCUCUACUCCUACAGCCACUGGAAAAACGGUAAGCGUUGAAGGCAAUUGCGGUGGAACUAUCACCUGCCAGGGAUCAAGUUUUGGAAACUGUUGUUCCCAAUACGGAUAUUGUGGAAGCACUUCAGGCUACUGCGGUACCGGGUGUCAAUCCUUAUUCGGAACUUGUAGUGGUGGCUCUGCAAGCACAACAAAGGUAGGCCAAAUUGCGAUUUUUGACCACAGUCAUUUCUCUGUCCCUUUCGGUUUACUACCUCAACAUCGUCGACCAAGACUUCCACAUCUACAACGAAGCCGACCUCGACCGCACCAACACAAGCAAUUAGUACGGACGGAUCGUGUUCAAACACAGUUACAUGUAAAGGCUCAACGUUUGGUAACUGCUGUAGCCAAUAUAGUUUCUGCGGGUCAACGGCAGCUUACUGCGGAACUGGAUGUCAGCCAGGCCGAGGGAGUUGUUCGUAGGGAGCACACCUGUGUUACGCUGGCGAGGAUUAGCGAAACCAAUGCUAGGCAGCGUCUUUUAGAAGUCCUGCUAGAGACGCCUAGCCGGACAACUACAAGUACAGCCCACAUGCUGGUGAAUCCUUUCGUAAUAUACAUCAAAUAUCCUGUCCGUGAACCAACCUGGCUCGCGGAGGACAAAUUAAGUGUCAAUCACCUACGUAAUAAACUUGGACUACACAAGUCGAGUUCGAACAGAGCCUUCUCUCGUCAGCGCUGCAUUCGCAUGCAGAAGCACGGAACCGCCACUGAUGCCCAGCCUUAUACGGGACCACCCAAGAACUUCUCCUCUAGUCGCACCUCGUACAAGUAUUCCGUCCGAACCCUUCGCACGAUCGGGAUACAGGAGCUGGUAAUCACAAAAUCAAACUUGGGAGAUGGAUUUGGAGAAGGAACUGACCUGCUCAACAUGGUGUUGACGAAAGACCCAAGUAAGGGUAGGACGAAGGAGGAAAUAGCGGAACUGGCCAAGAAAUAUACCGUAGGGGAUGAAAUAUUGCCCAAAUUAGAGGCUAAGGAGAAGAGUCUCAGAGAGAGGAGAGUUGAAGAUGAGGACAGAAGAUUGAUGGAGGAAGUGAGAGGCCUCAGCUUGAGGGAGGCGGGUGUUGGUGGUGUGAGCGAAGGGUCAACUGACAGACGGGAAAGAAGACGAGCGGAUGAGUCGAGAUCGCACAGCUCGAGGCCUCAGCCAGGGCGAGAGCAGAGUAGAGAUAACAGAAGUCGGGACGGCAGAGGCGGCGAGGAUCGAGAAAGGAGAAGACGGCGGGAAGCAGACUCGGAACGAAGGAGAGAUCCGGACGGUAGUGCUUUGAGACCAGAGUCUGAUCGUAUCGAGGAGCGAAGACGAAGACCUAGCAACGGUGAAGCAAGCAGAAGAAAUGAAGAUACACGGAGAUCGGCAGCGAGACAAAUCGAGCAUCAAUCAUCACUACGAUCACUUCUUAGUUCAUCUGACGUGGAUUCUCACGAAAUGGAAGAAGAGAUUCUUCGUCAAAUAAGAGAGGAGGGUUUGCUGGAUGGAAUUGAUCUAGAAAACAUUGAUGUCAACCAAGAAGACCAGAUUAGUGAGAGGAUAGCGGAAGCAUUCAGGAGGAGACAAGAAGAGAAAGCCGAGGAGGAAAGAGACAGGAAGAGGUCGAGUGACCGCAGACGUCAGGCCAGGAGCUCGGCUAACAAUUCAAGAGAGGCCUCGGGUGAUGAGGGCAGGAAUCCGGGAAGAGUGCAUUCUAGAACAACCAGCUCUGUUAGUCAAAGUGACUAUCAGAGUCGGCCACCACCAUCCAUGAGUGCGUCGCAGCCGAAUCGCCUAGACGUUCGUUCUGGCGACGAAGGACGACGCAGGAGAAGGACUACAAGCAGCAGUCGAAGCUCUACCGCUCCCACUCCAGUGACAGAAGCCUUAGCAAGACCCGCAGCAAGGUCCUCGACAGACUUAAGCAACUCAAGACAAUCUGUAGACGUCAGUAAUCGCCGUCCUCCAACGACGUCAAGAAGUGCCACAGAUCCUAGCAUACAACAAUCAACAGAUCCAAUCACUCAGUUAAGCUCACAACCAACCCGGAAUCGACUUGAUACGAGUCCAAGAACAUCCACUGCUGCUCGGAUAGAGGAUCAUACCAACCCAAGUCCACUCGCGCAAGAACACUCGCCCCCUGUUGAGACGGUCAUAAUCGCUCCUAAUAACGACAAUUCUCUAGCUGUCGUUACUUCUCCAGUUGACCAGACGUUGAUGCCAGCUCCGCUUUCUCCUGCCCACUCUCCAAAUAGGUCUCCAAACCGAUCGCCCAAGCAUUCCCCCCAUCCCUCGCUCUCUGACAGAGCGACCGCUCUCUCCAGUAGUACAAGGCCGACUUCAUCUUCUUCAGCUACUCAUAGAAACAGGGCGCCACUCUUUCCGGAGCCGUCCAUAGAUUGCGCGCGGUGUCUGAAAACCCACAUCGAAUACGAACUUCACUACAACUGUGUUAAAUGUCAUGGAGGAAACUACAAUAUCUGUUUAUCAUGUUUCAGAUCUGGCGCAGGAUGUCUUCACUGGUUUGGAUUUGGUAGUUUUGCAUGGACAAAGUGGGAGAGCCUUAUACAAUCCGGCGAAAUUCCAUCAUCAACAGAGCGGCCGCAUAUGCUAUACCCAAGUCGAUAUAUUCCACCUAGUACAACACCAGGCGGGGCGGAAGGGCGCAAGACACUCACAACACAAGAUCCUAUGAAACGACUUCAGAGCGGUGUCUUUUGUGCGAAUUGUCUUGCGUGGGCAAAUGAAUGCUAUUGGCGUUGCGAAUCGUGCAAUGAAGGUGAUUGGGGAUUCUGCAACAAUUGUGUUAACCAAAGCAAAUCGUGCACACACGCACUUUUACCGUUGACAUAUAGACCUCCUGAGCUAGAUACGCCGGAAACCAAUCUCUCAUCUCGUGGCAAUUCUAUGCCACCAUCUGCUACAAUUCUUACUGGUCCGGACGUUGCAAGUAUUGGCCACUUUCAGCCUCUGACAUUUUCUACGAAUUGCGAUAUAUGUCACCGUAGCAUCUCUCCAACAUCACAUCGCUUUCACUGUCCACAGUGCACCUCCAAAGUCCCCAACACUCAACCUGGUGACUACGAUAUCUGCGCAACCUGCUACCCACGUCUCGUGACAUCCCGCCGAAUCAGCCCAGAAAAUGGCGGUGAUGGUUGGCGUCGCUGCUUAGAAGGCCAUCGUAUGAUUAUAAUCGGGUUCGAAAAGAGUUACUCAGGACAACGCCGGGUCAUCAUAUCCGACCUCAUAGGCGGCCAUCUUCUAAAAUGUGAACCGUUCCCUCACGCUUCCUACCCCGAUUUGUCGAAAUGGAGCUGGGGUGAAACAGACCAGCACUCCAAACUCGUCACGAACAAUGUAAUGAACACCCCGCCUUCGAAUUUUGAGGAAUUCGUCCAGGCCGCUGGGUUUCCAGCGGAGGGUGGGACGGGCAUGACUUGUUUGGCGCGGUGGAGUCGGUAUCCAGACGAUAGUGCCGAUGAUGAGUUGGGCUUUCCGAAAGGUGCUAUUGUGGGAGAGGCUAGGGAUGUUAAUGGGGAAUGGUGGUUUGGUACAUAUCUGGGGAAGAAAGGACUUUUCCCUGGCGGGUAUGUGAGAGUUUUGAGCGGUUGA